UAAUUUUUUUAAAACUAAUUAAUAAUAAUAUUAACCAACAAAAAAAUGUGCGACAAAUCCAAGAUAACAACCACACAAUUAUCGGCAGCGCGUGCUCUAAGUAAACGUGAUAUUAGUUAUCCGGAAAACUUCAAACACGUGCAACACGUUGGCCGCGACCCGGGAAACGGUUUGUUUAGCUUUUCGAAUGUCGAUCCCGGGAUUGUCAAGUUUUUCGAGGAUUCGGGUAUAUCGUUGGAUAGGCUCCGGGAGGAUAACAGCACCGGUAGUAGUAGUAGUAGUAGUAGUAGUAGUCAUCAAAUCAAUGACAAUGCUAUCUACGAGACAAUUGAUAGAUUGAAAACUCUGGAGCGAUCGCUGCGCUCCGGGACUAGUAGUACAGCCAAUGAUGGCCUACCGGUGCCCAAGAUAUGGAUACUGCCGUCAGAUCCGCCUACUGCUACAUCACUGUCCAAUUUGGCUACCGAUACCUCUAUGUCCGGGACAUCGACACUGAGGAGGCCAUCAAUGCUAACACCGACAGCACCGACACUAACAGCUACUACUAGUAGUAGUAGUUGUUUAUCAAUGAUAAGCAGCACCUGUAGUACUAGUAGUUUAUCGACAUUGACUGAUAACUGUCAACAACAACAACAACAACUACCGGUGCCCACAAUCGAUGAUCUGAUGCGUGAAAUUGAUUCAUUAAAAUCCCGUUUAUUAUUGUAUUCCUUGAGGUCGUCCUCAUCGUCGGCUAAACGGUCCGAUAAUUGUCGGUCAAUAUUUGCCGAAAAGUUUCAACUAUUAGACCGAAUCGGUUCGGGUAGUUAUGGACAGGUUUACAAAGUUGUCGACCGAUUAGAUGAACAGAUCUAUGCUGUCAAACGUAUUCAAACGGAUAAAACCAAUGAUUAUCGUGAACUAAAAACAAUGGCUAAACUGCAAAGCGAUUACUGUAUUGAUUAUAAAACCUAUUGGAUUGAUAGCACCGGUAGCUAUUUGAAUAUACAGAUGAAAUACUAUAGACAUAACCUCAGGGAUGUUAUAUCGGGGAAAAAUAAUUGGCUAUUAGAGAAAGUUUCCGCAACCGAUACUAACGACACUAAUGUUGACAAUAUCGGGAAUUUGCGGGAAUUUACCGAAACAUUCGAUUAUAUGAUAUCGACAGAAAUAUUUCGUGAACUACUAUCGGGAUUACAUUAUUUACAUACACUGCCCGAACCGGUUAUACACCGGGAUCUGAAACCAUCGAAUAUUAUGUUCGACUGUCGGACCCGUUCGGGUAUUUACUGUAAAAUAGCCGACUUUGGACUAUCAUUGACAGCGACAGCGACAGCUCCGGCAGCUGUAGUCGAGACAGUAGUCCCCGAGUCGACUGUCCUCUACCAUAGAGGAGGUGCCGGUACGUUGCGCUAUAUGGCACGGGAGGUGUUUGACGGCCGGUAUUCAACCAAAUCGGAUAUCUAUAGUCUGGGUAUAAUAGCUAUGGAUUUGUUUAACUUUGAUAAUGAUAAUACAGUUAUCAGUAGUGGAAAGUUGUUAUUCAAACAGAAACGUCUGAUUAUUAGAAAACUAGUCAAUCAAAUGAUACAUCCGAUGCAUACAAAUAGGCCGUCAACGGGUGUAAUGUCAUCGAUAAGGAACUGGUGUUUGACUAAAUCAGAUCUCAAUAAUAAUUGUGAACACAAUACGGAUGGGAUGUCUUUUGAUGAUUAUAUUAGACAACAAUACGAGACUAUAACUGAGGAUAACAACUAUAAUGACUAUAAUAAUAGUAAUAUUGAUUGUAAUUAUAAUAAUAAUAAUAAUAAUAAUGUAUUCAAAUGUUUGGCGCAAUUUUAUUGGGAAAAGAAAAAAUGUUUGAUUUAAAAAUGUUAUAACAUUUAAAAAAAUAUAAUUAAUUUAA